AUGCUGGCAGCACCGAUGCCUCAAGACGAUAUCGAACAAACGUUCUAUCUCCCGCAUCACGAGGUGAUCCGGGAAAGCAGCUCAACAACGCGUCUUCGCGUCGUCUUCAACGCUUCAAGCGUUACUUCGAACGGUACUUCACUCAACGACCAUUUACACGCCGGUCCAAAAUUACAAACCGAUCUCAUGUCGGUAAUAUUACAAUGGCGCCGACAUAAAUACGUGUAUUCAUCCGACAUCGCAAAAAUGUAUCGCCAAAUUCUAGUCAAUCCUCGUGAUAUAAAUUAUCAGCGGAUACUAUGGAAAGCAACUCCUUCGGAACCGUUAAUCGAUUACCAAUUAUUAACAGUCACGUACGGAAUGUCAUGUGCUCCGUUUUUGGCACUUUGCGUCUUAAAACAACUAGUCAUCGACGAAGGUCAGUACUUUCCGCUCGCAAUUCCUAUCCUGAGAGAUAAUAUUUAUGUCGACGACUUACUUUUCGGAACUGACGAUACGACUCGAAUUCGCCAAGCGCGCGAUCAAUUAAAUUUAAUGUUAAAGCGCGGCGGAUUCGUAUUACGGAAAUGGGCUAGCAAUUCGCCCUCUCUCCUCGAGGAUAUCGACAUAGCAGAUCACGGUUUAACUACGAAAAAAUCUCUUGCUGAAGACGAACAAAUUAAAAUCCUCGGAAUCGGAUGGAAUCCGGCAAACGAUAUUUUCGAGUUUCGUGUGUCACUGACGGCUAAUGCCCUGGAUACCAAGCGUACGAUCUUGUCCGCGAUCGCCAAAUUCUACGAUCCGCUUGGAUGGGUCACUCCGGUCACGAUUACCGCAAAAAUCUUUAUGCAGCAACUCUGGCGAAUAAAAAUCGAUUGGGAUGAUGUUAUUUCCGAACCACACAUAGCAAAAUGGAUGCGGAUCAAACGGUUACAAAGAUCUUCCGUGUUAUUGCUGGACAGAUUCCACGACCGUGCUCGCGUGGGUAUGUCAAACUCCAUCACGAUGGAAGACUUUUGUCGCAAAUCGCGUGAACGACAUUCAGACUCGUCUCCCAGACGUCGAGUGGCGGCACGUGCCAACAGAGGAAAACCCCGCGGAUUGCGCUUUGCGCGGAAUAUACGGCGAUGA